AGUGUGAAUAAUUCCACGCAGAGGAUCGCACGCGUCGCUCUCACUCUCGGCGCGCAGACACCGAGGAGGCUUUGACUCAGCGGCACUUUUAAACUUAAACACGUUUUAACAUUAACAUUUUCUUUAUUUGACAACACGUGGUGCGAAAAAACGAGUGUCUGAAUUGAACAUGUGUUGGAGAAUACAUAUAAGAUACUGAGACGAUGCGUUAGCUUCAUCAUGGAUCAAGAUCUUCUUCCCGGUGUUAGUACCCUAAAGUCAGGUGGAUCUAUUUCUCUUGUCUGGAUACUCUUCACUAAGACCUCACUGAUCCACCAUCUUCAGAUUUGACAUAUUUGGAAGCAUGUUUUCAAACAGAUCAUGUCACAACAUCAGCAGCAACAUCACCCUCAUUGUGAGCAAGGACGGCAAGCCUUCAACCAGCAUCGCCAUGUUUUUAGCUGGCGUUGUGGGAAACCUGCUGGCUCUGUUCAUACUUGUGGUUCAUCAGAGGAAGCAGCGGUCCCAAUCUUCUGUCUUUUGCAUUCUAGUCACUGGAUUGGCCCUCACGGAUCUUUUAGGGACUUGUCUCCUCAGCCCACCUGUGUUCAUUUGCUAUGCCCGCAAUAUGUCACUCAUUGGCCUGGGAGAAGAGAGGCUCUGUAACCUUUUUGGUUUUGCCAUGAGUUUCUUCGGACUGGCACCCACCCUCAUCUUGUGUGCCAUGGCUGUGGAGCGCUGCCUUGCCAUAAGUCACCCGUACUUUUACUCUGUCCACAUACGGCGCAGGUUUGCCAAAUAUGUGCUUUUAUUUAUAUACCUGUUUUCCUUUGGUUUCUGUUUGUUGCCAUACACUGGUUUGGGUAAAUUUCGACAGUACUGCCCGGGGACAUGGUGCUUUAUUGACAUGGACGCGACAGAGAACAACAGCUUAGUUCUGGUGUUUUCUCUGUCCUAUUCUUCUCUCAUGGCACUGUUGAUUGUAGCCGUGUUUUUGUGCAAUGGAUCUGUGAUUGUUAGCCUGUGUAAGAUGCACAGAAAUCAUGCGAAGAGACGAGGCUCCGUGGUGUCAAUAGGAAGGCGAAGGAGGAUGAGCCUGGCCUGGUUUGGACAGGGCGAAGAAGAGAUGGAUCACCUGGUUCUCCUCGCUCUCAUCACUCUUAUCUUUGCUGUCUGCUCUUUGCCACUAACUAUUGCAGGCUUCAUCAAUGCUGUCAAACCAUUUCCUGAUGACAAGGAGAACUUGACAGCCUUCCGGUUUUACGCUCUCAACCCCAUUGUGGACCCGUGGAUUUUUAUCAUCUGUCGAAAGUCUGUGUUUCAGCACCUGUGCUCUUUGCUGAGCUGUCGCUUUAGUAAAGGUGCAGUGAAGACCACAGCUCACUGUGCACUCUCAUUACCUCUGGAAGUCCAUCACAUCCAGCGUAGUCCUGCAGAGGUAUCCACAGACAAUGUCUACUCCAGUUUACCACUUUACCCCACACAGACUGCAGGGCCAGGCUGCCCUGCCACACACCCUUGAUACGCUGUCAUGGGACAAUAAAUGCAGACUCCUAACUCAACUGAAGGCAUGAUGGUUUUAUUCUGUGUAAUUUAUCAGUGGAUUGUAGAAAAUGAUUGACAGAAGAAAUGUGCUCUAAAACUACCUGUGAAAAUGUGCCAUUUGAAUAUACUGUAAAUGCAUUGAGGUAAUAUGCAUGAACACAUGUGAUUUGUCGUUUUUAUUUCAAUAAAACAUAGUAUAUAGUGUGUGUGUGUGUGUGUGUGUGUAUGUUAUAAUGUGUGUGUGUGUACGUGUUAUGUGUGUGUGUUCAGAAAUCGCCAUGACAAAUGUUUAGGUGCAUGAAGUAAAUAAUAUUGAUGUUAAUUUACCUUCAGAGUCAAUAUUUUUGUAUCUGUUCUGAAAAUGUCUUUUCAGCAUGUUUUUGCAUGCAGGUGUCAUUAAACUGGCCUUGUAUUGUUCAAGUCAGUCAAGAUAUUUGUUAAGUCAUUUUCAUAAACCCAAAUGUCAGAAAUAGUGUCAACGCUGUCAAAGCUUUGAGAUGUCUGUGAAUGCUCUUGCUUAAAUUAUGCUGCUGCAAAACGCACUGUGACUUAAUUACAUGUAUUUAAAUGUGUGCUUGAUGUGCAUGUUGUGUUUUCUUAAGAAUUUUGGUUAGUACUGUAUAAACGACUCAAGUCUCUGCUUUACAUAUUAAUGGCUCUCUCAUAUUUCCUUUAAAGAGCUACUACUUACACUCACUGG